AUGGAAACUGAAACGUUUACAGAGCACAAAGAUUCUGAAGAAUCAAAACUUUCUCAUCAAAACGAAGUUAUAAGAGCCUUAGGAAAACACUACACUCAAUAUGCUGAAGGCCUCAUAACCAAAGGAGUUGUUUCUCAAGCAACAAUGGACAAAAUCAAAAAAAUCAGGCAAAAUCCUAAUAUUGCUAGGGCAGAAAAAGCGCUCGCUAACGGAGAAUUGGAGCUUGCCUUAGAUUUUGCCAUGAUGGUAAGACAUUCCCAGCCUGAUGAGAUUUACGUUGAGUCUGGGAAUUUUGUUGAAAAAGCUAUAAAAUUAGAACACUAUGAGUUUGCUAAAUCCCUAUUAGAAAGGGGAUACGGCCUUCCUCCUAAUUUAUUUAUAAAUGCUAUUUCAGAUAAAAAUACAGAACUAGUAAAUAGAUUAAUUCAAGAAGGCUUAUAUUAUCAAGAAAAUUCUGUCGAAGUAGAAUUUUGAUUUUUGCUAUACUGUGACUUUGUAGACUCUGCAAGAUUAUUGCUAGAAAAAGAAGCUUCAAUAAAACACCUUUGCAAAAACUUCACGAUAGACUCAAAGGAUAAUAUAAGUUCCUUUUUAAAAGACAAUGAAGUGAUUGAUACAGUUAUAACAAUAGCACUACAGAGAAAACUAGACCAUAUCGCCUGCAUAAUGCUUACUAUGAAUCCUAACUGCAUCAAUAAGAAUAUGAUCUACAUAGCAUUAGAAACAUCUUGUAUAGGGUUUAUCAAAAUUGUUUGGACUGGAAACUACACAGUAAAAGAAGUAGCGGCUAUAAAAACUAGACUAAAAAACAGUGUGAUUUGGCAAAAAUUAGAUCAGGAAUUGGUGGAUAUUGAUGAAAGGCGAGAAAUGGUUAGAAAAUUAAAAGUUUCGUUUAUUAUAGAAAAGCUAUUGGCCAUGAAAAAGAUCCAAGAAGUUGAUGAAGUCCUUGAUUGGCCAGGAGCUUGUGAUGAGGUUGGCAUUGUCAACGUCCUUAUGCUAAGUGGCCAGCAAAGCUUGGCAAGAAAAUGUGUCCAAAAAUGUUUAUCAGGCAUCACCACCAAGGAUUUCACUUCUGCAUUUGAAGAAGGCCUUUUUGAGCUGUGUGUUGACAUGCUAAGAUUCAAAGAAGCAGCCACAGCAUUGGAAGAUGAAAAAAUCCAAGAAGAUAUCAUCAAAAUAAUUGAAAACGGUGAUUCCUGUUUGCAAGCUGUAGAAAUGCUAAAUGCCAUUCCUAAUAAAGAAUGGUACUUAGAGCACACCAAAGACUUAACAAAUAACCUCUAUGAGCUGGCUGUAAAAAAGAAAGAAAUUUUAAUAUGCCAAGCCCCAAUUUUAUUUUGUGCUUUGACUGCUGAGUUCUUAACAAGGCUUUCUUCAGCUUCUUUAGAGCACCAAAACCGAUGUAUAGAGACUGCUAAUCUAUAUAUUGAUUUAGGAGCUGCCUUAAUAGAAUCUAUACUAGAAGAGCCGUUUUUGAAUUUUUAUAUGAACCAGCAAGACUCAAGCGGCCGUACAGUGCUUUCUAUUGCAGCUGAUAAUGGUUUUUAUAAGUUAUUAGAAAGUGAAGGAGUUGGAUCUAUCGUCCAAAAACUAUGAAAUGGCGAAAAAGAGUAUUAUGAUGUCAUGAAAGCUUCAUCAAUACACCAAUCAUUGAUGGCUCCUUUACACUCUGAAGAUUGCUUUAAAUUUUUGAAAAGACUUGACAAAGACGUCCCUUAUAUGUUUCAUUUUGAAAGAUGGCUGGAUUCUUGCAGCCUAAGGUUUAUGGCACAAGGGAUCUCUACGGUAUUUCUGCUGAUUAUUUAUAACUUGCUGAUUUAUUAUGCAAUUGAGAACAACUCAUUUUUAGACGUAACAGAUAAUUCACAUUCAGAGUUCUGUUUGAGAAUUGCGCAGGUGUGGAUUUUUGGGAUAAUAACGGAGCAAAUCCAGCAGUAUAUUUUUGGAUGGAAAACAGGAAGAGGAUACACUUUUGAUAAUUGGAGGAUGCUAGACAUUAUUAUGUUCGGAUGUAUGAUACUUAUAUCUAUGUCUUUGGGGAAAAAAUAUGGGUGGUUGAAAAACCUAUAAAAUGACUGUAAUUUUCAAAAAUGGUCUUUUGGUAUGAAUAAAGUGCAAACAGCACUUUUGGGAUAUUUCUAAGGUGGGCGAACAAAGUAAAUGGUGUUAAAACAGAAAAAAAGCACAUAUAAAAAUCUAUAUUCUAUCAAGUAUAAGCAAUUUAAGCAGAGAAAACUCAAGAUGGGAUUGUAUAAUAAACAUUAUAUAUUGCAUACUAACAAAUAACAUCGCAUAAAUAAAUGCAAGAGAGACAUGUACACAUAUAAACUUUUGUCUUCCAAAAUAUCAGGAAAAAGUACUCUGUAAAAUAUAAAAUGUUAAAAGUGAUGAUGUAGAAUAGUUAAACAUAAAAGGCUGAUAAUAAUCAAAUAUAAUUCUCUUCUAAAUUUAAACAAAAUAUAUUAAAUAGAGGACUCAAAGUUAUAAAGAAAUAUAAGAAAGGCAAUUAUGAAAUAAAUUAUUGAAAAUGUAUGAAAAAAGCACACGAUUUUUUCAUAUAUGAAAAAGGGAGUGAAAACGUGCUAAAAAAAUUUCUGAUGGUGGAAAAAGGGAAAAAUAAAUCAGAGGAAAAAGUAUCAUCGAUUUUAUAUGCAAUAUUAAUACUUUUAACACUUUCAUGGUCGAAAUAAGCCCUUUUAGGGUUAUAAUAAGAAUGUAUACACUUUUUUCCUCUGUUUUUUCUGUUUUUAACACACCAUUUACUUUUUCACUCCCCUGUUUGGAAAAAUUCAAAAAGUGCCGUUUGUACUUUUUUCAACCAUUUUUGAAAAUUAGAGUCACUUUAUAGGUUUGAGAGGGGGUUAAAAAAGCACAGUGUUCUUUUUCAACCUCACCCAAAAAAUAUAUGGGUGAAGGAAAUAGAUACCCAGAUGCAGACCCUGUGCUAUUUAAUGCGUGCAUGCAUUCAAUAGUAGUCACAUUGAUAUGACUCCGCUUUAUGGGAGUUCUCCUAACUCACAAAGCAUUCGGUCCAAUUCUACAAAUGAUUUAUAUAGUUAUCACUCAAAUUAUCCACUUUUUUGUUUUAUGGUUCUCACUGAUUUUUUGUUUUGCAGCUAUAUUUGCCUGUUUAUUUUCUGAAACAAACCCAGAUUUUCCAGAUUUUACUUACUCAGUAAGAAACUUAUUUUCAGCGACAUUAUUAAAUUUCAGCUUUGAUAAUUUCGGAGAUCAGAAAACAAUAGGAGCUUUGCUACUGGGUGGAUAUGUACUUAUUUCAUAUGCAGUCCUACUAAACAUCCUGAUUGCGAUGGUUUGCAAUGUGUACUAUGAAGUAGAAGCUUUAGUAGAUGCAGAGCAUCGAGCUGUUGUGAUUGCCUAUUAUGAUAGAUGGGUAUGGGAUGAAACAUAUGGAGGAUUAAUUUUCGCACCAUCUCCAUUAUCGUUUUUAGUACUCUUGGCUUCUCCUUUUAUUCUAUUUUCCAGGGACCCAAAAAAAUGAAACAUCAGAGUGGCUAAGGUUUUUUAUCUGUUUUUUGCACUCCCUCAAUUUGUAGUAUUUGUAGUCCAUUCUUUGUUUUUGCUGUUAUUUUUAUAUUUUAAGGCAUUUAUAUUUUAUCCUAAAGAAAGCAAAAAAAUAGAAAAUUCAAGAAUCAGAAAAAUAGGUGGAGGUAAAAUAAAAAGAAUGGAUACUUUAAAAAUAGAAAAAUUGGUAUAUAAAUACAAUAUUCUUAGGUGUAUUAUUUGGUUUUUCAUUGGAAUUCCUUGCUUACUUUGGGCUGUUUUAAGAGACUGCUAUGAUUUUUGGGCUAACAUUUAUUAUGUUCAUAAGGACCCGAAAGAGGAGCAGGAAAAAGUCAAAAUAUCAAGAGUCAUUAAUCAAGAAAUGAUAAAAAAUGUCCAUAGAGUACUGGAAGAUAUGGUUUAUGAUGAAAUAACAGUUAAUGAAUUCGUUGAGAAUUGGAUGGCUUAUGAUAUUAUUGAUAAAGAUAUUUCAACUAAAGACCUUAUUGAAAGAAAACAAAGAGCUACUGAUUUUUUAGUUCAAUUUUCAGAAUCACUAAAGCAUACCGUUAUUAAUAUUCCAAAAAUGAGAAGAUUGCUACCAAAGCAUUACACAAAUAUAAUGGCGAGGUCGCCGAUUCGUCCUCUUCAGAACCUACUCAGAGCUUGAAGGCCAGCCUAAAGAUAAAGCUAGCAGAAACAGAUUAUAGGGGUCUUGCACCCUCGUAUGCAAUAAAAACUUUGUGUCUUCAUGGGCAUUUGAGAAAAAAGGCUUUUAACCAUGAGACUACUAGAAGGCAUAGUUGUUUGAUCUAGCAAGGAAGCUUAUGUCUCUGGAACUCUAGUCACUGAGGCAAGAGCUAUCAACUCCUUAACUAUGCGAUCCAAGGUUCCGAUGAAUAAAAGCCUUAAUCUUUAAUAAACCUAACUUACUCCCCCCCCCCCUCCGUGAGCGAACAAAACCAUUAGAAAAAUCGCCAUUUUUUUUUGACCAAAAACCCACCCUCCGUGAGUGAACAAAAAUAUUUUUAAUAGAAAAAAUUUUAAUAGAAAAAAAUUUUGCUAUAUAAGUGAUAAUUAGUAUAAUGAAAUCUAGAGCUAAUUCUGUUUAAUUUUAAACAAAUUGCGUUUUAAAAAAACAUAAAAUUUUUGCAAAUUAAAUUAGUAUUUGCUUCCAAAUUUUUGCAAAUUAGGAUUUUUUUUAAAUUUCGAAAAAAAUAUUUUUUAUAAAAUUUAUAUAUAAAAUUGUUUUUAAAAAAAAAAAAUUAACCCCCCUCCGUGAGUGAACAAAAUUUUUUUUGUUCGCUCACGGAGGGGGGGGGGGGGAGUUAGCCUACUACCUAAGCAGCCUAACGAAGAAUAUACAGAAGAUUAUAUAAAAAGAGUAAGAUUUAUUAAUGUCCCUUGGCUAUCUAAAGGAUUGAAAAAUUUCCAAGAUGAAAUGGGAUCAAUUACGAUAGGAGAUGUCACCGUUCCAAAGGAUUCUGGAGUUUCUGGAGGACCUUUAGAUGUGCUCCAUAUAAGGAAUAUUGAAAUUACCUUAGAGAUGAUGGAUAAAAAGCAUGCAGAGCUUGCAAAUACUAUAGAAACUAUAAGAAGACAAAUGGAAGAACAGAAAAAAAUUGCGGCGAUGCUGAGAGGCAGAGAAAGCAAUCGAUAG